AUGGCUCGUAUAGAAAUAUGCAAAAUGCCCAAGCCAAAACUGAAUGGAAGCAUUAUUGUUUCACAUGGUGAAGGUGCACAUCACUUUCUGGUGCAGGAAUGUGCAGAUUCAUGCCGUGAAGAUGAAGGAAGCCGAUUCUAUAUUCGAAAGCCCACAAAUGCAAGCAUGAUAUCUAGGGGCAAUUACUUGAUCCAAUGGGAAGAAUCUUAUUCUUGUGUUGGCAACUAUAAAGACAGGCUUACCACCAAAGCCUUCGAAUAUUCGUAUCCCUUCCCUGAACAGCAGUCCAGUUGUACCAUAAGAUCUGAGAGCCUCUUCUUUAACUGGGUUUCUCGCAAUGAAUGUGCUGAGGUACUUAACACAGAUAUUUAUAUCAGAAACAAAACUCGAUCCAGGAUCGCUCUCGUUCACCAGCCUUGA